UGUAGUCUGUGGUCUAACAACUGUCAAAGAGGCCAUGAUUCAAUUUGUAAACAAAAUUGUUUAUUUGGUGACGAGAAUGUGCGCAAAAUUAAAGUGUUACAUUUGAAACUAGAUAUUUUAAGGAUAAAUUAUCGGCUAUCGCCAGGUUGUUAUAUGUAUUACAACAAGCCUGUAGCAAGAAAAUUAUCCUUUGUCGCUAAAAUUAAUUACUAACAGAUCUACAACACUACAGUUAAGUGUUGCUAUUUUCAGUUGUAUUAAAAGAAUUGUUAUACACACUGUUCACCGAACAUGGCGACAUUAAAGGGCGUUUUUCCUGAGCCCAAAGUAAACAGAAGAAAGAAUUUCAUCCAUGAAAAUGUUAAAAACCUUAGACGUAUGGAACACUACUUUCACAGUCAUAAAGAGGUUGAAGAAUUUCAAAAGUUGCACAUACAAAGGCACCAAAAAGCUCCUGAUAAAUAUCAAAAUGUUACAUCUAGAGUGAAUUCAAGUCUUCGUGAAACUAAAAAUGAUCAAGAUUUCACAAGUAAAUCACGGACAAUUCAUUACAAGACAGAUAGUGGCAAGAUGGGUAAACCAAAGGCGCUACCAAAUUUCCAAAAUAGCGUCCCUGUGCUGCAAAAUAAGACUACAAAAGGGUACCAGAAGGGUCUACAAUCAUUCUCUAAUAAUGAUCGAAAAAGCAUUAGACUGAAAAAAGGCUCUCGAGAUGCAGCUGCAAAUAAAAAAAUUCCAAACCAAGAUAUGAAGGCACCAUCCGACUCGAAUCUGUGCUGUGAACAUUCCCACUCUAAUAACCCUCAGGCUCAGUACAGGAGUCAAGGAAUUCAAACUGUAGAUGAUAAACACAUUAGCAACUUAUAUGCCGAAGGCACAAUCAGGUAUCCUACCAGAAGGAGUCCAAGGAUUGAAGCAUCACCCGAAAAAACAAAAGAAUUGGGUCAACAGACCGACGUGACGCCAAGAGAAGGGGCUAUUUCUCCCUCAGAUCGAGGGGACGUUAGUCCAGCAAGGUCUUCACCCUCUCCCAAGUUACCCGAUAUUCAAUUCGGUACAUCCCCAGAUGAAGGGACGGAUUUUAUUAAAUUGAAUAAACAGCGCACAUCAAUUGCCGCAAAAAUGGCUACACAGCUUAACAACGGAGUACCACCCACCAAUUAUCGAAAGGGUGUUGUCCCCAAAUAUCUCCGAGAACGAAAAGAGGCACAACUCCAGAAGGAACAAAAGGCAAAAGAAGAGGCACCCGAUCCUGACUGUCCAGAGGGACACGUUCCGCUGCCCGACAGUGAACGCAAGGAAACCCUUCGUAUGUUGAAAAAAAAUUAUCAAGAAUUCAUAAAUGAAUUAAAUAUGAUGCCGAUAAAAACUGACACACUCAGGUCUCAGAGACGAAAAAUGGAAAUAGAAAAACAGUUGAAUAAAAUUGAAGAGGGAAUAAAGGUAUUCUCGAGACCGAAAGUGUACGUAAAAAUCAACGCUUGAGGUUUCUAUCUGAUCAUGUGAUCAUCAUGCGUAUCUCCGUGAAAGUUUGAUACACGUUGUCACUGUAUUGCACGAUUUGUGAAUGUGGAGUUGAAUCUUGUCUAAAUAUUGCUGGCAAAGUGCAAUACUCGAGGUACCCCUUCGAGUUAGAUCAUUUUGAUGAAACAUUCAAAUAAUUUGUAAAUACCCAAAUUAGUGCCUGAUAAAUUGAACAAUUUGUUUUA